UACAACCAACUUGGACAUGUUUAUCUAAUCUAGUAUAUUGUUGAUAUGUUGAAUUUUCAAACCUUGGGAUACAAUAAAGUACAAUUUUCUAAAUUAUUAUGUGGUUUUCGAUAGUAACAAAUAAAACAAAACGAUUUAUUGAACUAAACAUCUUUUUAAAUAACAGUAACAUUAUAGUAUUUUGGUCAUAUUUGAAUUCUACAAUCGCUGUAAUGUUAUAACCUAAAAAAUGAUGUUUUUGUUGGUAUAUAGGAUAAAAUUUUAUGUACAAAGUUAUUUGUUAUAUUAACAAAUGUGUGAUACUAAGCAGUACAGAUGUGUGAACUGUAGGAAGGGCCACAGUGCUCUUUAUAAAACUUAUGGUCCGUCUGUACUUAAACUUACUAAAUGUGAUAAAUGCAAGGGUAUAGUGGACAAAUACAUUGAAUAUGAUCCAGUUAUAGUGAUGAUUGAUCUUGUAUUGAUGUCAAAAGAGGCACAGAGACAUGUCCUGUACAACACAGGAUUUGAGUCAUACUGGAAGCUGUUCAUAAUUCUGAUGAUGCUGGAGACAUAUGGUGUGUGGCACAGCGACAGCCUGUUCAACCUACUGGUAGACACAAUCUGUGAUUUCUCAAACCGAAUGGACAACCAAUCCAAUUACACAACCAAAGUUGCUGAGUACUGGAAAGUCAAAUGCUGGGAGUACAAACAAGAGAACAGGGGGGACAACAACGAUCUCUUCAUAUGGGAGAAAGAUUUUUAUAUCCAAUUCUUAGCUACAUUUAGUGGAAUAUUAGUUUUUCUACUGAUACUGCAUUGUAUUAUGAGCACCGUGAAGUCCAAGUUUAUGAAUAAAGAAGUUGCAGUGUCGUUGCCCCGGGUGGUGCAGGCGUUCUCGCUGGCGAACAUGAGCGCGGUGUUCUCGCUGCCGACGCUGGUGUGGGGCGCGGACGCCGCCCGUCCGCUGCAUUACAUCCUCGUCUUCGUAUACAGCUUCAAAGUUUUCACUAAUGUUUUCACAGUACUGUACGAGUGUCCGACGCCGGUUACAAUAGUCACGCUGCUACUGUGCAACUGCGCGAAAUAUGUGACUAGCUUCCACGCGAUUCUACUCUUUAGAGGACAGAUACUGUGAACCAAACACUUGUUUACAUAUCACAGAAUAUUUAUUUGAAAAUAUAUAUAUAUAUAUAUAUAUAUAUAUAUAUAUAUAUAUAUAUAUAUAUAUAUAUAUAUAUAACCUUACUAAUGUACAAUCUUUUAUUUUACAGUCUCUAAGAAUACAUUUGAUAGCAAGAAGCAUAAAACAAGGAGCCCACGAUUGACGCCAAUAAAUUGUUCUUUUUUUUUUAACACAUCACAACUAGUAAGCGAAACAAACUCACAAUUGUACAAUAUCUCUUUCUAUCUUUGAAAAAUCUGCUUCGACUUUGCGUCCAAUACAAAAUGCAUUUUGUUAUUAUGCUUCUUGUCCUAUAACAUUACAGAUACGAAGUAUAUAAAUUAAAUAAAAAAAAAAAAAAUGGACAGAAAUGACUUAACUACUACUAAUACAUGAAAUAAACAGUUGUACAAAUAAAUGUUAACAAAAGUGUUGAGAAUAAUUUAAAAUAAUAAUUGUACUGACAUGGAUAAAUACUUAGAUACGUUCUUGUUUAACUUUUUUUUUUUAAUUUAAAAAAAAUAGGAUCCAGUAUAGAUGAAUUGUUAAAUUUUUUUUUUUCCAACAAAUUGGGUAGUUUCGACAUGGUUUGUAUAUGUCUUUUGGUAACGGACUGUCUUUUGGUAUUUAAUAUUGUAAACAUUUAAAAAAAUAGUAACCUUUUUAGGAACAAGAAACUUUUUACGCCUUUUUCAUGUAGUAACUAGAAUGUUAGUAACCACAAUAAUUUAAUGUUAAUUCGAUUAUUACAUAAUUUUUUUAAUGAUAAAACACAAUUACAAUCAACUACAAAGAAUUUUAUAUUACUUUUAUAUCUAUAAAAAAAAAACACGCCAAAUAUACAGAGAUGUGGUGUGACAUUUAAAACAAAAUCAGAUAAAUCAUUCAGUCUUUGGUUAAAUUGAGCUCAAACGAAAUAAUAUCAUCUAAAGAAAUACUAUUAUAUUGUCCAUCAAUAUAAUUAAAAAGCUGUCGAGUUUAUAAGAAAACAUAUUAAUCCAAAAAUUCUCUGAGCUAGUGUGAAUUUUCCAAGUUUUUUUCUGAAUAAGUGCAUUAUUACACUAUCAAAUACACUAUAGGAUCGUACUUUUGACUUUUCGAGUACCACGGUCCAAUGAUAUACUCAAUUUAAAAUCCAUUGUAUAUCAGUCGUUGCUUCUAUAGGCUUAGGAACAUUUUACUGAGAUCGCUUUUUGUUUCUACCGUUUUUUAUGAUUCUAAAUAUAUUUGACAGUGUAAUCCUAGGCUAAUUUUAGGCUUCCUUCACACUAGCGGGUUUACAGAAUAUGUUUAUAUACUAUUAUACUGUGUGCUACACAUGAUUUAUGUAAUUGUCCAUCCACAACCAUUGUCAACCAUCGCUGGGCACAGGACUACCCAUAGGAGAAGAAAGUUAGUACUACCUACUUUAUGAAUUCAUUUGUUUGUAUGUCUGUAAUUUACCAUAUUACACUAAAAUAUAAUUUAUUAAUUAAACCGCCAUCGUAUCUCUGCACAUCGUGAAGGUUGACUGGUAGAGAAUGCCAAUAGCAUUAAGUUCGCAUUUUGGACCAUAUUUAUUGGUGAAUAAAGUUUAAAUAAAUACACACUUUUACGAAUACCAAGCCAAGCAGCUCGGUAAGAUUGAUAACUCUAAUCGCCAAAGGUAGGUCUAUCUAAAUUGGUUUCAUAUUAUUUAAAAAAAAAAACUAAUAUUUUGUUUGUGUUGCAAAAUUAGAAAUGUACAUGACACAUUUUAAGAAAAAUAUACCAAACUAUACUUAUAUAAUAGUACAUUACUGCAGCGGCCAGCAACUGAGGCAUUGAUGGACGAACGUGCAAAUGUGGGCCGAAGCGUUGCCGAGGCACACUUACGUGAGUCCAUCAAUGCCUAGUUGUGACCAAGGAUUGUAUAGUACCUUUCUCAAACAAUGCGCGAAAAUCAAAAACAAUUUUACUUUUUAAGUUCAAUGACGAAUAACGAAUAAUAAUAAUUUUCACGCGCCAUAAUGUUCCUUUUUUUUUUUCAAUAAACAGCUUUUUAUUUGCAAGCUAGUUCGAAAUUUAAAUAAAAUGUUUUACUAGUUAUCUCCUUGGUAGCCAUGUUUCGAAGUAAAAGGUCAUUCCAUUUUUAAAUUACAGGACAGAUAUGAGUUUACAUAGUAAUUUAUCUGGCCGCAAAACGCGACAGAUAUGGAUUUUCAUACAACUUUUGCCGGCCGCUACCCGCAUGUAUCUGGCCAGUAGGGCAAUUUUGAUUUAUCUCGAAGAAGAUUGUCAAAAUAAUGCUCACAUUUCCAAGCAUGUUUGAGAAAUAAAUAUUUCACUAUAACAAGUUUGCAGACAUGAUACUAUAUUUUUAUUAAUAUAUACAUCUAUAAUUACAUAAUAAUUAUGUCAAUCUUAAGGCAAUUAAACAGAUGUCGAUAGUUCUGU